CCAAGAUUGAACACCGUCAUGAACGCGCCCAAGCGAAGCGCGGUCUCCAAGAGUUGGGCGCCGGUGCGCACCCAUGCCGGAAUUUACACUGGCGGCAAGGUGCAGCUUAGUCCUCAGCGCCCAGGCGUUGAGGCGGGCAAAGUAUUUGCGUGCAUGCUCCAGGACGACGUGGCAGUCGUGGACGCGUCAAACGGGACCCUGCUGUUCACGUUGCAAGGAGACAAGACGGACGAAGAGAAGGAAGCGAUCCUGAGUUUCUCGUUGCGACCAAAGCACAAUCACAUUGUGACCGCAAGUCGCAACUCGCUCUUGCGUUUGUGGGACCUCGACACGCGUAUGUGCAUUCGCACGAUCAAGACUGCGGACGUGCCGAUUCUCUGCAUGGACUUCGACCCGACCGGAACGCUUCUUGCCACGGGCGCCAGCGAUCGACUUGUCAAGGUCUACGACAUUGAAAAGGGCUUUGUCACGCACAACUUUAAGAAACACACGGGCAUCGUAACAUUGGUCAAAUUUCACCCCGACGCCAAGCGGCUGCAGCUCGUGUCGGCCAGCGACGACUCCACCGUUCGCAUAUGGGACCUUAUCGCGCAGAAAGAAGUCGGGUGCAUGAAAGACCACAUGAGUCCUGCCACGACCGUCGCGUUUUCCCACGAUGGAUACACGCUGCUGUCGUCUGGCCGAGAUAAAGUCAUUAACGUGUGGGAUCUGCGCAAGCAAGUUCUGGUCAAGACUGUGCUGGCUCACGAAUCGAUCGAAGCCAUCGUGGUGGUGCCGUCGCCUGCGCCAUCGUCGGACGUUUUCUUUGCGACCGCGGGAGACAAGGGACUAGUUAAGCGCUGGAAGCUCUCGGGCACGACGUGCGCCGUCGUCGCAACACAAACAAACGCGACGCCGGCCAACGACGAUGACGCGCCCCAUGUGCCGUACACAAACCUCCUCUUCAACGCUGGCCGCAACGAACUGGUGGCUGUCACGGCGGAACACAAUUUUUUGCUGCUCGAUCCAGCUUCCCUCGUCCGCACGCGUCAAAUCAUCGGAUUCAACGACGACAUUUUGUCGCUCAAGUUUGUGCCGUCCGCCGACGGCGCUGCGCUCUCGGACCGCAUCGUCGCGGCCACCAACAGCAACCAGAUUCGCGUGAUGGACCGCCAUACGAUGUCGUGCGACUUGCUCUCUGGCCACUCGGACAUUGUGAUGGCCGUUUCCGUCUCUCCUGAUGGCAAAUGGCUCGUGAGUGCCUCCAAGGACGGCACCGCGCGUGUGUGGAAUCUCGCCACGCUGCGCUGCGUCGCAGUGUGCUCGGGGCACACCGAGUCGGUUGGAUCGAUCGCCAUGGCACAAAAGAUUCACAAUUACACGUCCGGCACGGCGUUUUUCGUCACGGGGAGCUCGGACAAAACGAUGAAGUUGUGGAGCAUGGGGUCGUUGUUGUCAUCGUCUACGUCGGUGACGACGACGCUGAGCGCGACGGCCGCGACAAAAGCCCACGACAAGGACGUGAAUGCGCUGGCAAUUGCUCCAAAUGACCGCUUCAUCGCGAGUGGAUCGCAGGACAAGCUCAUCAAGAUCUGGAACGCAGCGACACUGUCCGUCGUGGGGGUGUGCCGCGGCCACAAGCGCGGGAUCUGGGCGCUCGAGUUUUCGCCGGUGGACCAGUGUCUGGCAAGUGCCAGCAGCGACAAGACGGUCAAGCUGUGGAACGUAAAAGAUUUUUCGUGUGUCAAGACGUUUGAAGGCCACACGGCGUCCGUUUUGAACGUUCAAUUCGUGUGCGCGGGGAUGCAGCUGGCGUCGGCGGGGGCCGACGGCCUCGUCAAGCUCUGGACGAUCAAGACAAGCGAGUGCGAAGCCACAUUUGACCACCACAUGGACAAGAUUUGGGCGCUUGCCGUCGCCAAGGACAGCUCCGAGAUGCUCACGGGCGGCGCCGACUCGACAAUUCAUUUCUGGCACGACUUGACUCAGGAAGAAGAGGACCGGUUGAAGAUGGAAUCGGACCAGAAAGUGCUCAUGGAACAAGAGCUCAUGAACUGCCUGCGCGCGAAUGACUACAUGCAAGCGAUUCAGCUUGCAUUCGACAUCCAGCACCCGUUUCGCCUCAUGCAGAUCCUCCGCGACGUCAAAGAAGGGCCGAAGGGGCAGAUGCCGAACGUCCCGACCGCCGCCGCGAGCCACGCGGUGUACGACCAUGUCGUCCAACAACUCUCCAACGACCAACUGUGCAAGUUGCUCGAGUGGAUUCGCGACUGGAAUACAAAUGCCAAGCACAGCGAAGUGACCCAGCUGCUCGUGUCGAGCUUGCUGCGAGUGGUGCCGCCGUCGCGGUGGGCCAAAAUUGAGCACGCCGGCAAGAUGCUGGACGGGCUCAUUGCGUACACGGAACGUCAUUUCCAGCGCAUGGAACGGAUGCUUCAAAAGUCGUACUUGGUCGAUUUCACGAUUGUGUCGAUGCAAAAGUUGCUGCCGUCGGUCGACGACAACCGCGCGACUGCCGCCAUUGACGAGGUCGUCCAGCAUGGCGACGAACCAACUACCCCGACAACUCCGACCACAUCCGCCAACAAGCGAAAACCCCCGACGACGUCGGCGGCAGCCCCGAAGCAAAUCAAACGGUCCAAGGUUCGAGUGUAGGUAGUUGAGCGUUUACACGUUAUUACCAUUUUGUACACACACUGGCAACGGCAAGUCCCUCCACUGUCAGCGCAGCUCGCGAACGUCGCAGA